GUUCCCAAUCAAUCAAUCAUAUAUGGCUUCCCCUCCAGCUUCUUUUCACAAAAUAUUCAUCCCGUUCCCAAGCCCUAAACAUCAAAAGUAUGCUCCUGUUAGAUCCCAGAUAUGUCGUGAUGAAGGGAACUCAGCAAAUAUAGUGGACGGAAACCUGAGUGUUCUGAGACAGAGAAUUGAGGCGGUGAGGAUGAAAGAAAAGCUUCAGACAUGCUUCAGACAUGAAAAGAGCGGUUGGAACUAUAAGGCUGGAUAUGAUGACACGUACAAGAGACGUAUUCUGUUGGUCCAAUCCUUAAAAGUUGCAGCUUCUGUUGGCAGCACACUUGUCCUUGUCUUCUUCAGUGGCUCUAUUUUCAUCUUCCUUUACUCUAUUCUUAUUCAAAUUUGUAUCCAUACUUGAGAAAUGGAUACUAAUUCUUGAUGCUAGCUAGUUCUCUCUCUCUCUCUAUUUAUAUGUAUGUAUUUGUCUUCUUGUACACGCUGUUGUGGUUACUAG